AUGGAAUUGGAUAUGCAACUAUUAUUUUUUAUUUUCACAUUUUUUGCAUCCUUUAUUAAAGGAUCUGAAGUGAGUUGACUGAGUCAACUUGACUCUCAAAAAAAAAAUUAAGUUACGUUAAAUUGCUUAUUUUCAGAUAGUAUAUAUCGAUUAUGGUGCAGCUGUUUGGGGUGCGAAAGCGCCCGAUUAUGGUUUGGCUUCGGCAAACGAUGGGACCACCAUUUUUAUGAGAGGUGUUAUUUUUGUGGAUAACAAAACGGUAUUUUUUUUUUGAAAACUCUUUUUUUUAAACAAAAAAUUGUUUUUUCAGACAUCAUUUUAUGAAUAUGAUAUGACACGGGUUAAACUGAAUAUUAUGAAAAUGGUUGAUGAGGCGAAUAAAUAUUUGAAUCAAUUAAGUGUAGGUAUUAUUAUCACGGCAAUUUAUCAAACAAACCGAGGCGAUUUGAGUUUGCAGUCUUUUCAAGAGUAUCGAAAUGCGAGGUAAGAAAUACAUUUUGGUUUUGUUUUAAGGACAAUUUUGAAGUGGGCUUGAAUAAUUGAGCUUAAUAUGAUAAUAUGAGCAACACCUCCACAUGAAAAUUACUGAAUUAUAACUCCUUCAAUACAUUUUUUGCAACGACUUCAGGCUUCCCUGUCUCGUAUUUUCUCACUCCUGAUCCUUUUGAACUUUUCCUUUCAGAAAGUGCAAAUUUUUCCAGACUCAACAAACUGCCGGAGCAUGAAUUCGCAACACUGAUUUCUUAUAAAUAUGCAGGUGGUCUUGCAUAUGUUAAUGGAAUGUGUUCGAGUCAUUCGGUCUCACUUUCUGGGGUUAGUUUUUUUAAAAUCUUUCCAAAUAUGAGUUUUCUGCUCCGAGAAAUCAAAACAACACUUGAAAUAGUACUACUAUUAUUAAUAAUUACAAUUAUUAUACGAGCACUUAUGUCGCCCAAUAAAAUUGGCACAUGUUGAUGAAUGUGUGCGUAAUUUUGGGAAGCUUCUCCAUCUUUUUCCUACGUCCUCCAACCACAAAUUAGCUAUUCCCUCGAUGGAUAAUCGUCGUUUUGAAAAAGACGCAAUGGAAAAAGAUUCGGGCUAAUAAACGAUGAGGGGGGAAUGGAAAAGUGGAAGAUGGAGUGAAAUGUUACGUAAUUUGAGAAAACUAAAAUUUGAAAGAAGUUCAGCAGUAAUGAAAUUUGAAUGAAAUGAAAUGGAAUUUUGAAAUAUUGUGAGAUAUGUUGGAUUUCACAAUUGUAUAGUUUUCAAAACAUUUUAUCAUUAUCAAUAUUGAACUUUUCGAUCAAAUAAAUUAUUGAACUGAAAAACUAGCCAAAUAAUAACAAUAAAGCUUCUAUGUAUAGUCUGAGUGAUUGACACUCUUUAAAAAAAUGUCUGAAAUUUUUUCCUUUUACUUUUAAACUUCAACACAGAAUAAUAUUUCGUUCUUACUGGUGUACGGUUGUGGCACCGUUUUGGGCGACGUCGGCUCACCGAGAAGGGCUGAAUUUAUCUGAAAGCGUUGAACAAAAUGACGUAGCAGUUAACUCGAGAAAUUGUUUCAGUAGAAACUAUUUCUCUUCACAUAAUGCUCCGGAGAAGCAUAGAAAAAAAACUUGAGUGUCUUAUCAUCAUGAAAUUUGAAAAGAGAGGUCUACCGUUUUUUUUUCAUAAUCAAAUGGUGGAUUAAUUUGUUUAACAAUUUUGUUAUUUCGGAAAAAAAUGAAUGUUGAAAAAUUUAUGACUCAUCAAUUCAACUCAUAGGUUACCAUGCAUAAUGAUUAUCAAAUAUUUACGAUGGAUUAUUCAUAGAAAAAGUCAUGUACUGAUGAUUCAGAAAAUAAAAAAAAACAUUUUUCAGUUUUAUCCAAAUGAGCCACGAGCAAUGGGAUCAAUUUUCUUUCACGAAAUCGCGCAUCUUGUUGGUGUACCUCAUCGAGCUAUCAAUGAAUCAAUUUAUGUUCCAAAUUGUGCAUGUACUCCAAAAGAUGCAAAAGGCGAAGAAGGUUGUCUUCGAAUUCCUGGUUUUGAUCAUGAUUGUACAGUUCAACAAUUUGUCAAUGUUGUAUACAAAAAUAAAUGCUUACCACAAAAGGAGCCAAUCUUCGAUUCGUAAGUUUAAUUUAUUUUUCUUCAAGAAAAUGUUGUGUCUAACAACCUGGACUAGCCUAAAAUCAAACAUGCCUCACACAGAAAUAAGAAAAGUUGAAAGAUUGAGGGCGUAUUAUAUGUGUCAAUAAUGGCACAUACACAUUUUUGGUAAAUAAUAGCGAUUAAUAUAUUGCUUUGAUUUUAGAAGUGAGCCGGUUUGUGGGAACGGAGUUAUUGAAGAGGGUGAAGAUUGUGAUUGUGGUUUAGCGACUCGAUGUUCUGAUUUGAAUUGUCGACCACAUACUUGCCAAUAUCAAGUGCAUCCAUUCUUUUUGGUCAGUUAUUUUUAUGCAUUUUUAGGUUUCUUUUUUCUCAUCGUAAAAUUUAUGUAAAUAAAUAACCUUAUCAAAGGUUCAUUAUGGGAACGUAAAUAAGAAUUUUACUCUUGAGAAAAAAAUGUAUUUGUCAGUAAUAAAAUAGAAGCACAGUGGGUUAUAUACUUCACCAAAUAAUAACUGAAUUUUGUGAUAACCAGACCUCGAGUGUAAACGUUUUUGCUUGUUUUGCAGUAUGUAAUUACUACUCAAAAUCACAAAACCUCAAACUUUUCAAUUGAUUUUUCUGGUAGAUCACAAAUGCCUAAAUAUUUCGGUUACUCAAAAAAAAUGAGGGAAAUUAUUCCGCUAGAAUAAUGCACUCUUCUUUGUUUUUUUUCCCACAAGUCCAUUUUUCUCUUAUUGACAAUAUACAUGCCCAUCCCAUAUAAAGUCAAAUUUAUCUUACUAAAAAAAUCGUUGUCUUCUUCUUCUCAAAACAAUAGCCAAACCAAGGUUAUUUGGUAUCCGUAUAUACUAGUAAUUAAUCUUUAUCCCACUCGUUUUCCUGUUUUCUUUUUACCCAUUUCCUUUCCUUCGUAUUUUAUGUUUUCUCAAUUCUAUUAUUAAUAAUAAGGUAUUCCGGUGAUGAUUAUCUUUUUAUUGUCCGUAUUAUUUCCAUGUCCUCAUUUUUUCCAUCGAUUUUCCUCGUUUUUCACUAAAUUUGUUUGUUACUGGGUCAUUAAAAGCCAAGAUUCAAGAUGCAACAUUUUAUUAGGUUUUUCUCUUUAACAAUUCUCAUAAAUAAUAGUAAUUAAGCUCCCCAGGUGGUACACAACAAACUUUAGAUGUCCUCAAUAUCUUUUUUCCUCUUUAUAUAUAUUUUUUUCACAUUUCACUCAUUCUCUUUACGUUUCACCUUUCACCUUUUGUCUCGAAAAAAUUCAUCACAUCUCAUCGAGUCUCAUAUUUCUUCUAUUUUUUUUGUCUUUCUUCCUUCAUAGUUUUUGCUGUUUUUUCUCACAAUCGGUCAAUGUUGUUUUCAAAUACAACAAAUACUUGGGGUUUAGUCCGUGAUGAGAGAAAAAAUGAAGGAUGCAAAAAAAAAUUUGUUCGGUUGGGUUGUGAUGCGCCAAAAUUAUUGAGAGAAACAGCUGUUUGUCAUUUUACACCACAAGAACGUUUUUGAUUACUUUGCAGUUUUUGAAAACUGGUAGAGAUAUAUCUUGGUUUUUUUGCUCGAUUGUAAUGUCUUUCUGAUUUUUCAGACCAUCAAUCAAUCCAGAAAUUUUCUUGCACAUAGAAUUUUUUAUUUUAUUUUUGAUCUACCUAUUUUCUCUUUUUAAAAUGUUGAUAUUUUCCAGAUAUUCGCUAUCGUUUCGGUAAUCCUAUUUUUAAUUGGUGUCACAUUUUGGAUUGUCGGUCGAUAUACUUCGAAAAUGCUCAAUUGUUUCAAAAAAAUCAAAACAAAACACGACAAAAAUUCGAGUCCAUAUCACAACGGACAAAUUCAAAUAUUGGCAGCGAGCCCAUAUCAAAGCCGCAAAAUGUCACAUUCUUCCGGAACUGGUAGUAGCUCUAUUUUAGUGAGUACCGAUUCACGAUUUGCUACUAUUCAGCGACCAAAAAUGCCGCCACCUCCACCACCGUAUGUGUUUUCUAGUUUUCUAGUUUUUCAGUUUCUUCCGUGAAAAAAAUUUUAAAACAUUUAUUUUUAGACCAAAAACGACAAUUCAAGUGGUCAACAAUGGUGGAUUGAAUGAAACGACAAAAAUGUUUGGAUCAUAUAGAGAAAGUUUUUAUGAUGAUUUUUCAGGUUUGUUUUUUUGUUUGUUUUAGCGUGAUUUCAUUUGAAUUCUAUUUGCAGAUGAAGAAUUUGAUGAUAUGGAAACACCAUCUUCAUAUCCAUUACCAACGGGGGUUCCAACUUGUCCAGCAUAUCCACCGAAGGCUCCGAUUAAUAGAGUGACUGUGAGUGAAUUUGAAAAUUUUUGGGUAUUAGAAGCGGAAAUCUAGAAAGUUAACAAAAAACCUAAAAAAAAAAGAAAAACAGUGUUCCUUUUGUAGUCAAGUUUCAGAUUUUAUCAUUUAUAUUUUGAUUUGAUUUUUUUUACAUCUUGUCAUACAUGUUUCCUCGGAUUUAUUUAAAUUUCGAAGUGUUUAUACAAUCUGUCAUAUAUACAUUCUUACUAAAAGUUCAUUGCUAAAGUUCUUCAUUUUACGGUGCUAAUUAGAAAAUAUCCAAUUUCCCAUUACACAAAAAAUUGUCCACCAGAUGUCUAAUAUUUCACUCGCGGUUUUAUGAUAAAGUACAUAUACAGUACUGGCCAAAAAGAUAUGCAAAACUUGUUUUUCGAGUAAAUUAACUCGAAACUGUCGAAUUUCGACCCGAAAACUUUUUAGAGGUUAUUUUUUACGCCAAAUCUGAUUAUAUGCAUGAUUUUCAUAAAUGAAAAAAAUGUCUUGAUCUUACUAGGUCGGAUCAUCAAAUUUCGACUUUUUCAGAAUUUUCAAGUUUUCACUAUUCCUUGAUUUCUUUUCAAAAAUACAGAGUUUCCGACCGAGAAUCAACUUGCAGAAAUGACUAGACAUCAUUAUCUUUCAUUUCCGACCUUAACCUUCAAUUUUCAUGAAUCCUAAGAUCGACACUGAUGUCUUCAGUGAGACCAUCUAGAAAAUUGGGUUUAGGUCAUUUCCCCGAUAUUUCCUGAAAUUUUAUCAUCAGAUUUUCUUGAAAACAUGUUUUUUGAUCAUUUCCAAUGUGAUACCACAAAAUUCCAACCCUAACUUGAAGUUUUGACAUAGUUUUGACAUUGCUGGAUUCCUGAUGUUCAUCUAGAACUUCAGAUCUAGACCAUCAGGAACUUCAGAAUCGCAUUUUUAUUGAUGAAAUCCGUUCCUGGGAUGGUCAAUAUGGUGUAGCAAAGCAUAAUUGAUAGUUUAUGGAAGGUUCCAAACUCAAAUCGGAAGUUGAAUCGGGUUAACACAAAAAUGUUGUACUUUUACACUGUUUUCCUCUGUGAAAUAUGCAAAUUCUUGUAUUUUGGAACAUAAUGUGGUAUAACUGAAUUCAAAAGAGCUUUCUGGCCUUGAUCGAUCAUAAAUAACUAUUUCACCCAUUCUAGGAACGGAUUCCACCAAUAAAAAUACGAUUCUGAAGUUCCUGAUGGUCUAGAUCUGAAGUUCUAGAUGAACAUCAGGAAUCCAGCAAUGUCAAAACUAUGUCAAAACUUCAAGUUAGGGUUGGAAUUUUGUGGUAUCACAUUGGAAAUGAUCAAAAAACAUGUUUUCAAGAAAAUCUGAUGAUAAAAUUUCAGGAAAUAUCGGGGAAAUGACCUAAACCCAAUUUUCUAGAUGGUCUCACUGAAGACAUCAGUGUCGAUCUUAGGAUUCAUGAAAAUUGAAGGUUAAGGUCGGAAAUGAAAGAUAAUGAUGUCUAGUCAUUUCUGCAAGUUGAUUCUCGGUCGGAAACUCUGUAUUUUUGAAAAGAAAUCAAGGAAUAGUGAAAACUUGAAAAUUCUGAAAAAGUCGAAAUUUGAUGAUCCGACCUAGUAAGAUCAAGACAUUUUUUUCAUUUAUGAAAUUCAUGCAUAUAAUCAGAUUUGGCGUAAAAAAUAACCUCUAAUAGGUUUCGGGUCGAAAUUCGACAGUUUCGAGUUAAUUUACUCGAAAAACAAGUUUUGCAUAUCUUUUUGGCCAGUACUGUAUAUUCUCGACACAGCUGCAAGACGUCUUGAAUAUAAUUCUGUAUUGGAACAUCUGAAUUUGAACAUAAUCGAUAUUGUCUAAUGAAAUCUAGAGCCACAGAUGAAAAUUGAUUCAGACUAGAUUUAUGAGUCUAAUAAAAAACAACUCAAAACUGAUACAAUUUAUAUUUGAUUUAGACUUCCUUGUCUAGAUUUUGUCAAGCCUAUUUACAACUGGCUUACAAUCAAUCAACAUUUCUCAAACCUUUUGAAAAAUCCCCCACAAAACCAAUAAUUUUUUCAGGUUGAUCUCCAAUCUCCUCGUAAUAAUAGCACAGCAACAACAUCCAAUUCAACGACAUCAUUCUCAUUCUAA